AUGGCAGAUUCAAGCCUCACUCGGGAAUUCUUUCAGGGCCCCAUCACUUCACUCGCCUUCUUCCACGAUGCGGAGUAUCUUCUCGCUGGCGAGGAUGCUCACUUAACUCUCUACGAUCUUCAAACCGGCCAUGCGUUGCGUGUAGGCAGCGUGCGUGUCUUCUCUGCACAACCUAUUCAUGGAAUACGUCUGUUGGGCAGUGGGCGAGUGUUGGCCUGGGGUGCUGCACAGAUUGCAGUGGUGUCGAAUAUUGAGGGAUUGAUUGGAAACACGACGGAUACUCAAGUGAUUGUGAAGAAGGCAGCCGCUCCAGAUUGGAUCUACGAUAUUGCACCGUCACCAUACGACGACACUUCUGCGGUGCUCGCAACGGCUCAUAACGAAGUCGUACACUUACACCUGAAUGGAGACGAUGCACCGGUCGUCGGAUCUAUUGUUUCGCCUUCACGACCAAUUCUCUACGCUGCGAGACUCAAGUGGCUAGACCAGGACACUGUUCUUAUGGCUGGAGGAACAAUUUUUGGCGAGAUUCUUGUAUGGCGAUGCUAUGUUUCAGAGAGUCGCUCGGAACUUCUGGCCAUUUUGAACGGGCACGAAGGGUCCAUUUUUGGUGUUGAUAUCUCAGAAGAACUCCCCUGUCAAAAUGGAACCAGAUUGAGGCUCAUUGCAAGCUGCAGUGAUGAUCGAACUGUGAGAAUCUGGAACAUCACCGGACAAGAUGGGUCCCACGACAAGCAUGACUUUGCUGCACCACGAGAGACUGGGUUCGGUUCAAAGGCAGGUUUGGACGACGGGCCUAGGGCGGAAGAACUACGACCUGUAGCUACCAUCAUGGGACAUUUGUCAAGAAUCUGGGGUAUCAAGUUCGCCCAACUCACGGAAGGCGAAACACUCCCAGAAAGCCCAUUAUCAUUGUACUCGUUUGGGGAAGAUUCGACAUCACAGAGGUGGCAGCUGAACCUCGAUAUUUCGCCCGAGAAAGUUUCUGGUUCGCUGAAGCACAUCGAUACAUACGCCGUGCACGAUGGCAAGCAUCUAUGGGCGCACGCUGUGGUUAACAAGGGAGACCAAACCCUCAUUGCAACAGGAGGUGCUGACAGCAAGAUUUCUCUCAUCACACAACCUGCUUCAUUGACACCUGCUGCGUCAGUUUCAACCCACGAAUUGCUUGGGCUUGGUUUCGAUGAGAUUGCUGCCACGCUGCCUAACCUACGAACAUUGAAAUCUGUUCGUGGAAAAGAGAUCUUCAGCCGCUAUGAUUUCAUUUCUGAUGAUCGUAUGAUCGUCACAACAAAUUGGGGACGACUCCUCUUGGGUACGUUCCGACCGACUUUGGAGUGGAGGGAAAUUGAACUGGAAGAUGAGCUCAACGUCGAAUUUCAGACGUGCUAUACUCUCCAGACCAUAGGUGACGGUGCUGCUAUUCUUGGUACCACAAGUGGCAAGCUGUACUACUUCUCUGAAUCUCAAGGGGUAAAGGUUCUUGGCUCUGUGUCGGGCAAGAUCUUCAACAUUUCGAUCCUGUCCAGUUCCGUGGGGAGUCUUACAGAACUCAUUGUCCAUAUUCAUGGAACUUCAGACUCUCAGUAUUUCUCAAUCGAUUGGUGCACAGGAGCUGUCGUGGCAACGGCAGAUAUUCGCGGCAUCGACAAGAGAUUCGUUGCGAUAUCUGCUGCUCGUUUUAGGAAGGAUUUGAUUGCCAUAGGGUCACGCCAUGGCUUUCUUGCACUGUUGAGACAGACAGGAAACGAGUUCCGCCCUAUCCUGGACUUCAGGUUCAACACACGCGAUGCUAUUACUGGUCUGGUACCUCUUCCGACAACAGACGGACAGGAAGCUCCCCUGUACUUCCUGGCGACGAGCAGAGAUACAAAGUACAGAAUAUACGAAAUUGAAGAUCUUGGCGAUGAAGUACGAUUGCAUCUCCAGCAUGAGGUCGCUGCCCCUUCUGGUGCCGAUAUAGAAGGUGGUUGGUUUACUCAAGAUGAAUCUCCCGAAUUGGUCUUGUACGGCUUUAAGAGUAAGAACUUUAUCGUAUGGAACGAAACACGUCGGGAAGAAAUUGCCUCGGUUGAUUGUGGAGGUGCGCACCGGACAUUUACCCUUGCUCAUGAUCCCAUCAACCAUAACCGUGUGCGAUUCGGUUAUACCAGAGCAACAAAGCUUUACAUCUUCUCACAACACAGCCCGAUACACCGCCCUCUGAGAUAUGGAACACACGGAAGAGAGAUUCGGGGGUUGAGUGCUAGUGGUCGGUACAUUGCAACUGGCGCUGAGGACACAACUGUUCGUAUCUGGGAGUAUGAAGAUGAACAAUGUGGAACGAAGAAUAGUGGUGGACUUCGAUGUGUUGCCUCUACAAAGCUUCACAUAUCGGGGCUACAAAAGGUUCACUGGGUGGGAGAUGACUACCUUCUUAGCAGUGCCGGUUUUGAAGAAUUCUUCGUAUGGUCUGUCCGAAGGCUAGACUCACCGUACAAAGGCCUCGGAAUCUUGUGCGAAGCAGUCCUAGAAGAUAAAAGUCCUGCCGCAGAUCUUCGCAUCAUGGAUUUCGACGCAUGCAAAGUUGGCAAUGGAAGCAUCACUAUCACGAUGGUUCUGUCAAACUCAACAUUGAAAACAUAUCGUUACACACCAGGAGAAGGUUUCCACCUCCUGGCUCGCAUGUCGUACACGGGAGCUUGUCUCACACAGGUUCGCCAUCUCGGGGUGGACGAGAACGGUCUUUCGGCACUUACUGCUUCUACGGAUGGACACCUGACAACCUGGGAAGUUAGUUUUGGAGGGGAAGUGGCUAGCCAUGCUCUCGUUCAGGUGGCUCCCGUGCACCAAAGCAGUAUCAAAUGUCUGGAUCUCAAGCCAACACCCGAAGGGUUUUUAGUUCUCACAGGAGGCGAUGACAACGGUCUUGGUAUAACAACACUUGUGCCUAUGUCAGACGAGUCAGACAAACGUCAAUACACAAAUUAUAGCCGUGGAAUCGUGCGCAAGGCCCAUGCAGCAGCAAUCAACGGUCUGGUGCUCGUGCAACGUGGGGGAGAGACAUUCGGCAUUACUGUCAGCAACGAUCAGAGGGUCAAGGUCUGGAGAGUUCAAGUGAACAAUGUGAAACUGGUGGCCGACUCGUAUAGUGGUGUUGCUGACCCUGGUGAUAUUGCUGUCAUAGGGGAGAGUGAUUGUGAGAAGGUCAAUGUUGUGCUUGGGGGAGUGGGUGCUGAAGUUUGGUCGUGGUAG